AUGCCAGUGCGGCACUUGUCAGAUGAUUUGAUCCAUGAUAUCUUGCAAUACCUCCGUGAGGAUCAAGACGCUCUUUACAAUUCUCUAUGUGUAAACCGUUUUUGGAGUAGUCAAGUAGUUCCAUUACUUUGGUGUCAACCAUUUGUAAACUGUCCUCUUUCAAAACGGCAUUUACUCAUAAGAACAUAUAUAUCAUGUUUUAAUACGGAUGAACUUACAAAUCUAAGUCCGUAUAAAAUUAAUCUUGCCGAAGUCCAACCUACUUUGUUUGAUUAUGCAAGAUAUUUGGAAAGUAUUUCUGAUUGUCAUUUGAAUUCAAGUGUUCUUGAUUGGGUUCAUAAGCAGAUAAACCAGAAAUUCUCUGAUUUCCCCGUUGGAGCAAUUACGGCAUCUUUGUGGCACAUGUUUUUACGUAAAUGUGUGAAGAUACAAUCGAUUUUAAUUUCUCCUCAUUAUUAUAGUUCUCAUCUUCCAACAUUGAAAUCAACUUUUGUGACAAGUACUGCAAUUCAUUCUUUACGCAGUUUGGAGAUUGUUAUUGAUCAGGAUUUCAUUAAGGGGAAGUUUCCAAACACGGUAGAAAUCUUAAAACAGUUGUCUUUGUUAUGCGUUAACAUUGAAUAUAUUGAAAUAAAAAUCUUGAGAGAGACAAAUCCUUUAACUCAACA